AUGAUUUCCAAAAUUUUCAAAGAACCAUGGUUUCACGGGUUGUUACCAAGAGAAGAUGUGAUAACAAUGUUAAAGAUGAACGGCGACUUUUUAGUUCGAACUUCGGAACCUGGAGCUGGAACAUCGAGACAUCUUAUUCUCUCAGUUUUACAAAAUCAACAUGAUAUAGAUGGGGUAAGUAAGAGACACUUUUGUAAUUUCAAAUUUGAAAAAAAACAAACUAAUUUAGACGCGACAUUAUGUAAUUCGUGAAGAUAAUUAUAAAUUCUCCGUGGUUGCAAAUACAAGUUUCAAAUCUGUUCCCGAACUUCUCGAAUAUUAUAAAAACCACUUUAUAAACGAUCAAGAUAUUCACAGUAUUUUGAAAAAUCCAAUUUGUCGCCAAUUUUGGGAACUCUCUCAUGAUGAUAUAACUUUGACAAAAAAAUUGGGAGAAGGCGCAUUUGGAGAGGUGAAAAGGGGAAUUUUGAGAAUUAAUGGUGGAGCAAAUGAAUUUGAAGUUGCAGUGAAAGUUGCGAAAUUGGAAAAUUGUACAAAAGAACAGAUAAAAGAAAUAAUGGCUGAAGCAAGAUUGAUGCGAAAUUUUGAUCAUAAAAAUAUUGUAAGAUGUUAUGGAACAGCGGCUGGACAAGAACCAUUAUUUGUUGUUAUGGAAUUAGUUGAAGGUGGUGGAUUAGAUUCAUAUUUGAAGAAAACUAGAGUUGGAAUUGAUGAAAAAGUAGAUAUUAUGUGGCAAGUUGCACAAGGUGUUGAAUAUCUCCAUAAACAUGAAAUAAUACAUCGAGAUAUUGCUGCGAGAAAUUGUUUGUAUGGAAAAACAAUUGUGAAAGUUUCGGAUUUUGGAUUAUCACGACGUGGAUCAUCUUAUCAAAUGAAUCCAACGCAAAAAGUUCCGAUAAGAUGGUUGGCGCCAGAGACUUUGGUCUCAUUUUUGUAUACACGGGCUUCUGAUAUUUUUGCAUUUGGUAUUCUUUGUUGGGAAGUUAUGGAAAAUGGGCAAAUACCUUAUCCUGAUUUAUCAAUACAUGAAGUUCAUUCAAAAGUGACGAAAGAAAAUUAUAGAAUGAGUCUUGGACCGGAAACACCGCUAGGAAUAUCGUGUGUUAUUGUAAGUUUUCAAGGCAAAAAAGCCACUAUUUGUCUUGUCUCUACAUCUUUCCAAUAAUUAUUAAUUCUAAUUCUAGAAACGAUGUUGGCUCACAAAUCCAGAAAAACGUCCUACUUCGUCAAAACUUGUUAAAGUUUUUGAGAAAAUGAAAAAUAAAUCAAACAAAAACACAAUGUCCGAUGACAAGUCAGUUGAUGAGCAAAUUUGUAGAAAAAUCAAAUCAAAAUCAGGUCCAUUUAAAGGAACAUCAAAAUGUUUGAUCAAAUCGAAUUCUGAUGAGAGAGUGGAAAUUACAAAACCGAGAAGAGUUUCAUCUUGUGAAGAUAUGCUUUUAAUUGUUAGAAAAGGAAAAAAUGAAAAUAAAGCGAGUAUUGAGAAAAAGAAGAAGAAUAGAAGAGAAAUGCUUUAUUGA